AUGAUAUCCUUAUCAACAGAAAUCGCACCGGUCAAGAAUGUCCAACUUGAAGGCAAAUUCAUCACCAUCACUGAAACAGAGAUACACAAACCCACCUCACACUCCAUCCCCCAACACCCCUCUAACCAACCCCUACAAACAUCGGCCCCACAGGCGAAGGAAUUCGACGCCUUCAGCGCCCAAUACCCCAACAAACUCUUCGCCCUCCAAGCCGACGUAACCCAAGAAGCCUUAAUCCAAACGGCAAUCGACGCCAUCCUAAAAGACGCAGGUGCCCUGCACGACAUGCGUGUUCCCUCAGCCCCCUACGGCGCCUCAAAAGCUGGUGUACGCAACAUGACAUAUACCCUCGCCAUGGAGUGGGCACAGUUGAGCAACAGCCUGACUGGGAGCAGGAGCUCAAUCUACGGUGGUAUGCCUAGGUUGGCGGCGGUUGAGGAGCUGGGAGGUGCUUAUGUGUACUUGCUUAGUGACGCGGCGAGUUAUACUACCAGCUUUGACAUCCUUGUUAACGGUGUUAUUGGUAUUUGCUGA